UGUGUUGUUGAAGUUGAAAUUGAAUGAAAGAAAAAGUGCAGCAAGCACCCACAGCGCAGUCAAGUCACAAGUAUAUUUUCUAUUUUUCAUCAUUAUUUGUGCUAAAGGCGGACAGAAAAAUAAACGAAGAUUAUAAAGCUACGCAUAUAUUUGUUUGCCUUUUUUUCAUUUUCUUAUCACGACAAAUUGCAGUCCCUUUUGUGGACAAUCAUCCCAAAAUAAAUGAAUAUAUUAACGAAACGAAACUCCUAAAAUUGGCAAAGUGAUUUGAGUGUUUUCUUUUUUGUACAAAAUUGUUUUCUAACUACCCUGACCACCACAGUGACUCCCUGUUCCUCUCAAAUGGAUACGAUAAAGAAUACUUCUUAUGGAGUUUUUAGUGGAAUCUUUGAUAGCAUCAAAGGCAUUGCCUUUGUCUUUUACAUAGACAGCCAGAUCAAUCGUCUAAAUGAUCUGAAGAACAUCGAAAAGUCGACAAUGAGCGACUUUGUGAUGAAUCCCGAAAGACUGUCAUCAGCGGCUGAUGAACGUAGAAUAGGAUCUAAAGCACCUGCUGGUGCGAAUAAUAUUAAAAAAGGUGAGCUAAAAAUAGCAAUGAAAGUCUUCAAGUGCUGUGCACUCAACGGUGGCUUCACGUGGCUGAGUAUAAUUCUCUUCGAGAACCUCGUUCUACCCGGCCUCAAGCUGAUACUCACCUGGUUCUAUGGCAGCAAAUCGGACGAACUGCACUACGUGUGGGGAUGGCUGCAAUCGUUGCUGUCAAUUCUCUUCGGAAUGAUGUGGGUCCUGCCGAUAUUUCUUCUCAGUAAAGUUGUCAGCAGUUUGUGGUUCCAGGACAUCGCCAAUGCAGCCUACAAAUUUCGCAAAGGCCGACCACAGAUGAUACCGAACAUCAGCAAACUCAUAGCAGACUUUCUCUUCAGUUUGCUUGUCCAGGCGCUGUUUCUGGUGCAGAGUAUGCUCGUCAACUUGUUACCCUUCAACUAUGUUGGACGUAUCCUGUGCUUCGUCCAUCUCUGUUUGCUGUACUCUCUUUACUCAUUCGAGUAUAAAUGGUUCAAUAUGGGUUGGGAGCUACACAAACGACUGAGCUACAUCGAAUGCAAUUGGCCAUAUUUUCUGGGUUUCGGUGUGCCAUUGACUGUUUUGACUAAUUUAUCUAAUUCUGUUAUUGUGAGUAGUUGCAUAUUUUCGAUAUUUUUCCCAUUGUUCAUACUGAGUGCAAACGAAGCCCUGCCUGUUGUCGGUGCGAGCGACAUCCCACUGAGACUCUUUUCGCCCGUUGUUGCCGUCUCAAAUUUGCUAUUCAAUCGAUCGGUUCGUGUGAGAAAACCAGUCACUGCCUCGCCUCCACACAACUAUCGAUCAAACAACCCGCCAAGCAAUAAUACAACUCCCGAAAGACGCUCGACCGGAGCGGCAUCAAGCGUCAGCAAUUUACGUCAAUCCUUUGCCGCUGUCAACAAUAAGAGAUUACGGUAGCUAGUUGGAGAAGAGCGAUCUAUAUACAACUCCUGACGGUAGACCGACUUACGACUUACAACACGCCUUCUCCUCUCUCGCUUAUCAACCUUAGCUUCGCAUCGUUUUAUUUUAUAUAUAUUUUUCUUUUUAAUUUGUGUGUAAAUAAUGCUUAGGGUCUUCUAUAAUCACGGUCAAGUCGAAAACUUAAUUUGUAACUAAAUACGAAGAAAAACAUACGAUUUUUGUAUUGAGCUUAGUAAGACUAAGAAUAAUCCCCUUGCUUCAAUUGUGUCCCCUAGAAAUGCUAUGUGAGCAAAACAAGUAACAACAAUUUAAGAAAAACAACGUACUUUUAAGUUUCAGGAGUGUUUUUCCUUUUCUUAGUGUUAAUCAAGGUGUUUUUUACUUCAAAUAAAAAAAUAAGCAAAAAGAUCAAAAA